AUGGUUAAUGCGUGUGGAGUUGAAACUACAGUUGAAAUAAUGAAGGAACUUGGUGAUGGAUUAUUUUCCAUAAUGGUUGAUGAGUCUCGAGAUUGCUCGGUGAAGGAGCAAAUGGCUAUUGUUAUUAGAUACUUGGAAUUAUCUUUGUCAAGAUUGAGAGGUCAGGGAUAUGAUGGGGCUUCAAAUAUGAGGGGUGAAUUUAAUGGACUUAAAGCACUUAUUAUAAAAGAAAAUCCAUCGUCAUGUAUGUGGAUCUUCUGCAAAAGGGCAAAUAAACUCCGACAAAUUGAAUAUGAAAGAAUGGUUGAAAGGAUUGAGAAAGGGGAGAUCACUUCAGAUGGGGUUGAUCAAGAAACAAGUGGCAAAUCUAAAGGGUUGCUUCAAAAGAUGGAAAGCUUUGAUUUUGUGUUUCUCAUGAUGUUGAUGAAACAUUUGUUGGGUAUGAUUGAUCCACUAUCUUGUGCGCUGCAAUACAGAGAUCAAAAUAUUUUGAAUGCAAUAAAUUUGACAGUGACUGUGAAUAGGGAUGUCAAUGUUGUUGACAUAAUUACUCAAGAAAUGAGGAAUCGUUUUUCUGAGUCCAGCACAGGCCUACUCGAGUGUAUGGCAUGUCUUGAUCCAAGAAAUCAUUUCUUCAAUUUCAAUGUCGAUAAACUUGUUCAUCUUGCCACCCUUUAUCCGGAAGACUUUUCAUCCAUGGAGCUUAACUUGUUAACUAAACAACUUCAAAGUUUCGUGAGUAAUGAAAGAAGAGAUACACGUUUUUCAGAUGUUGAAGAUUUGGGAACUCUUUCAAAGAAGAUGGUUGCAACAAUGAAAGAUAAGAUUUUUCAAUUGGUUUAUCGAUUAAUAAAAUUGGUCUUACUUUUACCAGUAGCUACAGCAUCCGUUGAAAGAGUGUUUUCUGCAAUGAAAUUUGUGAAGUCAGAGCUGAGAAAUAGGAUGGGAGAUGACUGGUUGAACGACAAUUUGACUAUAUAUAGCGAGAAGGAGGUGCUUGCAACUAUUCCCAAUAAAAAGAUUCUGAAUCGCUUUCAGAAAAUGGAUACUCGAAGAAGCCAACUAUCUCGCAUAGCAUAA